AUGAGGCAUUUGGUAGGCAUAAAAGUCGAUCGCCAACUCAUCACCGCAUUGGUGGAGAGAUGGAGAAAGGAGACACAUUGUUUCAACUUUCGCGAAGGAGAGUGCACCAUCACGCUAAAGGACGUCGCCAUCCUAACUCAUCUGCCCAUCGACGGCAAAGCGGUGUGUGUGAGUGAUCAUCCCCCCAAGGAUCGUGACGGUAUGACCGGUUGGCAGCAUUUCAUCCACAGUGUUUUGGGGGUGAAAGUACCAAUCAAGGGGAGCGUUGAUGCGACGGAUUACUUGCCACCAUUGAGGAAACACCAAGUAUCAAUCACUUGGUUGACGAAGUAUUUUAGGGACCAUCACGAUCCUGCCAAAUAUGGGGUGCCCCUAACCGAGGAAAGUCCGGAGGUAGAAAAGGAAAGAUAUGCUCGUGUCUAUCUCAUUGGCAUGAUCGAAUGA